AUGGCCGCUGCCAUCUCGAACGCAGUCAACGUGAGCCGCACAAUUGAGCUACUAGCUCCAACGUACUCUGAAAUUUUUCAGUAUACUACAGCAAAUACUUUAGGUGUCCCAGUGACCCUACAGCGUACAUCAGAUAAUCGGAUCCAGCUCGACUUUACUGGAAUCAACGUUUGGAAGGACGUAACUUGUGUAAAAGGCACUCAUGACUGUCGAUGCAAUUCCAUUCACUUUUUACAAAUGCUCGUGAUGCUAAGUGAACAACAGAUUCUUGCUAUGAAUGCCACUUAUGUCAUAGCCAAUGAAGUCGCGAUACUUCAUUUGUGUGUACGCGUGCAUGAAAAUGCAAAGCACGGCACGUCGCUUAAAGAUUUUGACUUUGUGUUGUGCCAUAUGCAAGCGAAUGUAUUGGAGAUUGAGCAAUGCAAUGAAAAGUCAAGAAAGGAAGCACGUUGUGUUGCGCUCGAGAAUGCGAAAAACAGUUUAUGCCAUGUCGUAGGGUGUAAACUGCAUCCUUGGAAAGAGAACUGUGAAUCGAAGCACAAAUUAGACUUGCCUGAUGUCUUUCAGAGUCUGGCAAGCCAAACGGUUGUGAAUCAAAUGGAGAUUCGAAAUGAUAGGACGUACAUCAGUCGAAUGAAUCAAUUUCGCAAAGAGAUUGUGAUGACCGACCUGCCGACGAAUGUUCUGCAAACUAUUGUAUGUCUUAUGAACGGACGCGAUCUAGCGUCGUUGAGUGGAGUAUGUUCACUCUUCCAGCACAUGGCAUACGAAGUCGUGCCUGGGCUGAAUCUUGUGCUUUUUGAGCACCAGCGGAGAGGACUCAAGUGGAUGUUGCGCCGUGAAACGCCGUCCUUAAGCUGUGUACCUCAGCCACAUCCAUAUAUCUUAUCGUCUGAUUUAGACCAAGAGUCAGAAGCAGCCAUUGAUUAUAUUGAAAACAAAGUUAUUACGCACGAUCAUGUGACAGCACGAGAUGGUUGUGGAGGCAUGUUCUGCGAUGAGCCAGGCCUUGGAAAAACAAUUACGAUGUUAGCGCUUAUUUUACGAACGAAAGGUCAAUCGACUAAUCAAAGUUCAGCUCAACCACAUGGUCCUGGCCGAGAGAUAGCCAGAUCUGGCUUACGCUCGUCGAGGUCCCGAGGUCGCUCGGUGCGAGUAGAAGAGUUGGUGAGUUCUAGAGCUUCACUGAUCGUGGCACCCGAUCCACUGGUUGAGCAUUGGAAGUACCAAGUUGAAGCUCAUGUUGCCCCCAGUGCUUUGCGUGUAUUUGUCGACCCUGGUGUCGAGCACAAAUUGCCAACGAAUUUGGACCUUGCACAGUAUGACAUUGUGAUUACAUCUUUUACACGAUUGACUCGAGAAUGGAAGCUGCACAGACCUACAUCGGCUCUGGAAGCGCGUAUGCCUAAACGUUAUGGAUUUGAAGGGUCGAAUCGAUAUGCAGAUGGUACUCUUCGUGGCACUGUUUCAUCGCUUCUGACUGUCUACUGGUUACGAGUGAUUGUGGAUGAAGGCCAUAAGUUGGGUGGUCAGACACCUUCAGAUUUGAUGCAACUUGCUCGUCUACUUUGUGCAGAGAGACGGUGGGUAAUGACUGGAACUCCAACGCCAAACACGCUCCAAUCAGCGGAUCUUCGCUAUAUGCAUGGACUUCUGGUGUUUCUGCGCAAUAUGCCGUAUGGAGAUCCAGAUGGGCAAGCUUGGGUGAAGGCAAUCGCACGACCGUUUGAACAAAAUCAAAUUAUUGCCUUCUAUCGCCUUCAGUACCUUUUAAGUCGAAUUAUGAUGAGGCACACGAAAGAGUCAAUUCGUGAAACGUUGCCCAAACCGAUUCGGCGCACUGUGUUUAUUGAUCCAACACCUAGCGAAUAUGCACAAUACAAUGGUGUUGCUGCCGCCGUACGUGCGAAUCUUGUCAUUACGAAUAUGGACCCGGACAAGCCUGGUUAUCAGCAUCCAGACAGCUUGCUGAACCCAAUAAAUCGAAAGGAAGCGCUGCGCGUUGUCUCGAAUCUUCGAUCAGCAUGCUGUGGUGGGUCUGCUGUGAAGGUUAAGCUGGCUGAGUGGUCCCGACUCGAUACGAUUAAUAUGCUGAGCAAUCUUGAUGUUGAUGGCGAGAGUAUGGGCAUCGUUAUUGAUUACCUUCGAAAAGUGCAGCUUCAAGGGAUGACAACGUUGUGUAAAUGCUGCAAUCGCAAGCUUCAAUUACUUAUGAUCAUCCCAUGUGGACAUUUAUGCUGUGCAGAUUGUGUGGAAGAUCAAAUGAAAAGAGUGGGUCCCCGUUGUUUCAAUUGCAAUGCUGAAUUUGAUCGUGAAGCAUUUCAAAUGCUCCAGCCCGGCUUUGAGUUUGAGAUGGUUGAAGCCGUUCCACAGGAAUUUAUGAAUCCCAACUUUAAUCAGAAUGGACGUAUCAAUCAAAAUCAAUUAUUAGCAAAUUUAGAUCAGCACCACAAUCAACAAAGUCAAGUCGAACAAGAACGCGUGAGAAAUCAAAGCAAUCAAGAGGAAAAUCGCCAAAAUGCUCCCCGACAGCGGCGUCGUGCGCUGGAUCUGACGCGUGACAUCCAUUUUAUCGAUGCAAGCAAAGCUCUGUACGCCGCUACUCGAGUAAAAGAGCUCAAGGAAGAAUACAUUCGUCGAGGUAGGGAGCAAAGCAGUUGCUACUCUCAUCGGCAAGCACGUCAUCGCGAUCUCAAGGUUAUCAUCUUUUCGCAAUUUAAAGAUCACAUUUGGCACACCAAGGUUGCGUUUGCACAGCAGGGUGUACCAACGGCCGACUUUAUUGCUGGACUCAGUCCUGGAGCUCGUAUGAAACAAUUGACACGUUUUCGCAAAGAUCCUAAUGUCCAUGUUUUACUUCUUACAGAGGUCGGAUCGCAUGGCUUAGAUCUUUCGUUUGUCACCCACAUCUUUUUAAUGGACGAGAUCUGGGAUAAAUCGCUUGAGCAGCAAGUUAUCAGUCGAGCCCAUCGUAUGGGCGCGACUCAAGCUGUGGUAGUAGAGCAACUGUGGAUGCGUGGCAGUGUGGAAAGUCAGAUGUUUCAACCUCAUAGAUCGGAGCAAAAUCAAGUUCAAGAGGAGGUUGAGCCAGGUAUAGUCGCUAGUAUGAAAGCGCAAGUUGAUGGCUAUCCGGCUAAGUUACUAAAAAAUUUAAGUUCUGGUGGAGGAUCUAUGUUCCAUGCCUCAAGCAAAAAGCGGAAGAGGCAUCGCACGCAUGGGGACACACGAAUGGCUGCAGCAAGCAAUAAAAACACAUUUCUUCAGCGCAAACUCGACUAUGUCUUGAAUAAUUUGCGCCUGUUAGGAGAAGCGAUUGUUGCGGAGCCUGGACAAGUGCGAUUCUUCGUCGAAGAUGACCACAAAAACGUCAUUCUUCAAGCAAUUCGUGUCAUUCCUAAUCGAGAAACCAGCUCAACAGUCAACGCUCAGUUAUCUACAUCCAAUCUAGCGACUGUUAACCCACUUCCAACAGUCGAAGCAUCAGCGCAGUCACGUCUGGAUGUUCAACGUGCUAUUUCGUCUGAAGAUCGACCCGUGCACCAACCUUUUGUAAACGCUAAUAAGCAUAAUGUGCUCACUGAUCCUUCUAUUCGUAAAGAAUGCGAGGAUGGGGACAGUCGAACUGCUGAACUAAACAAUCAGGCAGCCAAAGUAAAACAGACCGAUGAACGUCGCUUGGCUGAGAAAAAACGAUGUAUAAAGAUUGUUGACCCCCAAAGCGAGAUCUUGUCUCCUCAGGUUGAAAGGAUCAGAUUCAAAAGAGAUUUGGAAAGCAAUGUAAAAUCCAAGAAGAAGGCAGUGUCUUUUAUAGUAAUUGACGAUAGUGAUUCGGAUUCCGAGUAA